AUGCUGUGGCUUGUGCUGAUUCUACCCAUCCCCGCGCUCGCUGGCAUCGAGAAGACCCGUGGGGUACCUCCAUCUCUCACUUCUCGGUACCAGUCGCCUGGUUCGGACUCGGCCCUGUGGUCGUGCCUCGACGGGUCUAAGUCCAUCCCAUGGUCUGCCGUGAAUGAUGAUUAUUGUGAUUGUUCGGAUGGGAGCGACGAACCAGGAACUGGAGCAUGCCCUAACAGUCUGUUCUACUGCGUGAACGAGGGCCAUAUCGGCUCUUUGAUUCCCAGCACGCGGGUGGGAGACGGACUGUGUGAGCCUGAAUGCUGUGAUGGCUCUGAUGAGCAGCUAGGUUUGUGCCCGAACAUCUGUAAGGAGGUGGGCGAGGCGUACGAGAAGCAGCAAGAGGCUGAACGGAAGACACGCAGGACGGGCUCUAAAAUCCGCGCUCUGUACAUCGCGCAUGCCCAGAAGGAGAAGAAGCGCUUGGAAGGUCAGAUCGCUUCUUCCGAAGCUGAGGUUGCAGUGAGGGAAAAAGAGGUCGCUCGUCUUAGGAACGCUAUCACAGAUAUCGCGGAUACCGCAGAAUCGCUUUCGGAGGCUACUAUGCUCCACAAGAAAGAGUCUCGUAGGCCUUUUCACAUGCUGUCGUUCGCACUCCGCGAACAUAAAAAGCAACUAGAGCGUCAGAAAGCACUUGGGGACAUCCUCGACGCCCUCCGAAUCGGUUACAACCCGAACUACCAAGACAUGGCCGUUCUCGAAGCAGUCCGUGGCUGGGAGGCGCUCGCUGGUCUGCCGCACAUCAACGACGUGCGCACGGAGGAGGGCUCUACCGACACUGCAGGCGCCAUCGUCCAGCAACAGGAGGAAAAGCUCGAAGACGGGACGUGCUUGCUGAAGAGCGACUACGAGACGCUGCUGAUCGAACAUGACAAGCAUAUCGGCGCGCCUGCGCACGGAUCCCUAUUAUUCAACCUGAAUGCUUACAUACCCGAUGCGUUUUUGCCGCAAUACUUAGCCUUCCGCGAUACGCUGGUAUCCUGGCUCGAGACGUUCGGCGUCGCGAAGGGUAUCGACGAUGAGGCGUCUUCGGUCAACACGUCCGCCGCUCGCAAAGCUUACCACGACGCGGAGAACACUCUGAUAUCACCCGAGUGGUAUGGUCUGGAGGGCGAGUGGAAGAAGCUCGACGGCAUGUGUCUGACGAAGGACACCGGAGAGUGGGUACCACGAUUCUGCCUCUUCGGAGAGGCUAAGCAGAAGCCGAACAAGGGCGGAUCAUUCCAGAGUUUGGGCAAAUUCACUCAUUGGAACAACGCUCCUGGCAUCGAGCCAGGCUCGCCCGAGUUCUAUACCAAGCAACAUUACGAGCGGGGAUCCAAAUGCUGGAACGGUCCGCAUCGUAGUGUCACGGUUUUAAUGAGCUGUGGGACAGAGAAUGCACUUCACACAGUGGCGGAACCCGAGAAGUGCGAAUAUCAGCUCACAAUGACGUCCCCUGCGCUUUGCUUGCCCCCGAAUGAGAGUGAAGCCUCCGAGAUGAGCUGUAGGGCUAUGUACUAUCAUAGCAUGUGA